CUUGUUCUUAAGAUAGUGGUUUGAACACUUUUUUACUUUCACAGUCUAAAUGUGCUAGGAUAGUAUAAAAACAGUACAAAGUGACACUCAUUGAAUUUGAUUUGUAUGCAUAAUGUUCUACUGAUCAUGAUUUAUACUUCUCUACAGGAAUGUGUGAGGGGAGUGCUUAAAAACAAGACGGUUUUACUUGUAACUCAUCAAGUUGACUUCUAGCAUAAUGUUGAUCAUAUUUUGGUCAUGAGAGAUGGGAUGAUAGUACAGGCUGGAAAGUAUAAUGAUUUGCUAAAUUCUGGCCUGGAUUUCAAAGAGCUAGUAGCUGCCCAUGAAACCUCCAUGGAACUUGUAGAAAUAAGCACCACUAUUCCCAGCAAAAGUUCCCCCAGUCCUCAAAUAUCUCCUCAACUCUCUUCGAACCACCAGGAAGCCAAUGGUGGAAACAACUCUUUGGACCAACCAAAGUCUGAUAACAGGACUUCUAAACUCAUCAAAGAAGAGGAGAAAGAAACAGGCAAAUUACUAUCUUGCAUCAUCUCGUGAAUUAACUCGACUCAAUUCAAUCACAAAAGCUCCUGUUAUCCAUCACUUCUCAGAGAACAUAUCCGGAGUUAUGACGAUCCACUCUUGGAAAAUUCAGAACAUGUUCUCCAAGGAAAAUGUUAAACGGGUUAACGCCAAUUUACGUAUGGAUUUCCACAACAGUGGGUCCAAUGAGUGCUUUGGUUUCCGUAUGGAGAUGCUUGGGAGUUUAGUUUUCUGCAUUUCCACUGUAUUCAUGUUCUUGUUUUCAAGCAGUAUAAUAAAGCCAGAGAAUGUUGGUUUAACUCUCUCCUACUGAUUGCCCCUGAAUGGUGUGCUGUUCUGAGCCAUUUAUAUGAGCUGCUUUGUCGAAAAUAAGAUGGUAUCGGUUGAGAGGAUAAAACAAUUUAUAAACAUCCCAUCAGAAGCAGCAUGGGAGAUAAAAGACCGUCUUCCUCCUUCAAAUUGGCCUUCCUGUGGCAAUGUCGAGCUCAAAGACUUGCAGGUAGUUUACCUUCAGUUCUAUUUAUAUCUUCUGAACAAAUAAAGUCAAAUCUUACAUUCCAUGAGCUGCUACACUCUAGCCAUUUGUCGUCCCAAAUGGUAUAUUUGUAGUACAUCUUCCAUGGCUAGUGUAGUGGACGGACAAAUGAAGUGGUCUGCAUGCAAGUUGUCAUUACUUGGUCAUCUCCGUUACUUUGUCUCAAGCUAAAUAAGCCCUGUUCCUUUUGAUAUCGUCC